UUUCCACAAUUGUAUAGGCUAAUGUUUACAGAACAGCCGUGACUACCAUAACAUUCAGGUGUAUACAAUCUUCAAGAUGGUGCGCUACUAUCACAUAGGACUGCUUAUUCUAUACAUAUACUCCAGGAAUGAAGCUGUAGAUGCAAAACUACCAUUAUUUCCGUUUGCUGUUGAGGUUUACGUCAUCAGCGAUUACAGCCACACGGAAGGGCUUCGAAAAAUGUCGUUAAAGCCCUUUGAAUACAUGAAAACCUACAUGUACAAGGUGAGCCUACAGCUUCAGCAGUUAGAGCCACCAAUUCUAAUCGCUCUGGUAGGAUACAAUACCACAAGUCAGAAAUACGCUGACUAUGUAAGCUUCACGGAUGCUGGCGACCUGGACGCAGACGGCACAGUCAUAAAACUAAGGCAUUAUGCGGGGAACAGUACUUCAGCGCAACAGUCUGACUUGGUAAUUUUAUUCACGCAGUCACAAAUAGUUGACGUCUCGGCGAAUGUAGGAGCUCCAGAAAUGCUUGGAAUUGCACCCUUUGAGGGAAUAUGUAGUGAAUACAGUGUAGCAGUGGUAAAGGACGAGGCUGGCUGGUACACUGGUGUGCACUCCAUGGUCCACGAAAUGGGGCAUCUGUUCGGCUCCUAUCACGACGGCGACAACACCUCAGUGAGCUGCCCUGCGGAACUAGGCUAUAUUAUGAGUCCAACAUCUCACGGAAAGCACAAGGAUCACUUUUCCACCUGCAGUAAAGCAGCAAUUGCCAAAUACGUUCGCAGUGACGCUGGAGGCUGUUUGAGAUCCGCUGCAUCGCAGAGGCCUAUUGGCAUCAACCCAUGGAGGUAUAAACGUUCGCGACGGCGCAAGCGACCAGACCACGACGUCACAACGGCAUUCUAGAAAGAGGUGUAAGAACGCAUGGGACUGCUGCGGCAAUCGAGAGGCAGUUUGUUGUCAGUGUUCAAUAUCUUGAUUGUAUGUGUGUGUGUGCGUGUGUGGGUAAAUAAACUGCACAGUGACAUAUUUUA